AUGGCCGUCAGGGGGGGUCCCUGCCUGCCUGCCUGCCUCCCCCCUGGCGCGGGACCGGGCGCGCCGCACUUAUGCACCAGCGUUGAAGAAAGGCCUCCCGCGCCUGGCCGGCCGGAUCGGCGGCACAAUCUUCAAGGGGGGGCCCCUUCCAGGAAUCUCGGGAAGCCAGGUGAGGGCCUGAGAAAAUCACCUGGAGGCCUGGCCGGUGCCCUCGUUGACAGCAACCUUAAUUCGCAGAGCACUAGCGAGGCCGUUGGACGAGGGUUGCGCGGGAAGACAUGGGGGGUCCUCACUGGCCCUCGUGGUCUCCGUCCGGGGUUCCAUAUGCCGUCCCAGACACACUACUCGCGUCUGCUCUCCACGCGCAACGACUAUGUACGAUGA